AGCAAUUGCAAGUAUUAUUACUACUAUAUAUUUCCCAAAAAUACAUUAAAAUUCUCUGGCCAAAACCUAUCUAUAAAUAUCACCAUCUUCUGGUACAGAGAGGGGGGGAAGGAAAAGAAGAAGAAAAAAUGGCAGGGGAUGAGCAGCUUGUGAAAACCAGAGUCAUCAAAAUAAACUCUGAAGAAUCAUGGAAUUCCUUCACAACUCAAGCUAAAAACGAAGGCGCCCCUGUUAUAGUGCAUUUUACAGCUUCCUGGUGCAUGCCUUCUGUUGCCAUGAAGCCUUUUUUUGAAAACCUGGCCGUAACUCACCAAGAUAUUCUGUUUCUAGUGGUGGAUGUCGAUGAAGUUAAGGAGGUGUCCUCAAAGAUGGAGAUAAAGGCCAUGCCCACCUUUGUGUUGAUGAAGGAAGGAGCUCAGGUGGAUAAGCUUGUGGGUGCAAACCCAGAUGAGAUAAGGAAGAGGGUUGCUGGUUUUCUCCAUUAAUAAUCCCUUUUAAUUAAUUCCUUCCUUCAUAUUCCAUGAGUCGAUUCCAAUGGUGGGGUGAUUCAUCACUUUGGCAAUUUCAUAAGUUAAUAAUAAGUUGAUGAAGUGUAUCAGGAUUGGCAGUGUGCUUUCAUUGUCUAAAUGGGUCAAAAUUAAAGGAGUUGUAAUAUUUAUUCUGUGGUUUUCUGAUGAAACCUCAAACAUUUUGUUAUGUAAAUGUUGUUUAGUCUGAUUGACAUGGUUGCAUAUUGAAA